AUGAUCAGUCCGUCUGUUGUGGCUUCCCUGGUUUCCAUCCACAGUUUGGCCUCGGCUCUUGACGUGGGGGACACAAACACCGGGCAGCAGUGUGACUUAGACGUGUGUGUCAGCUCAGCCAGUCAUCUCUCGGAGCUGUCAGUGGAACCUGCCGCUGUGACCCCGAGGUCAAAGCUCGCGUCGCUCCUGUUUUUAAAUGAGAUCCGUGUGGGCGGACCCUCUCCCCGCAGCACCGCUGUGGCUCCCAUAAUAGCUUACCUCAACUUCAGGCAGGAGGUUGGCCCUCUUGUUGCUACCCAGCAUGAGUAG